CUUUUCUGUGACAUCUUGCUGUCAGAGCAACCAGAUGUUAAUAAGGGACACAUACAGAGAAGAAGAACAGAAUACAGAGGAAGAAAAAGCUCAGGGAAAGAGUGAGAACGGGUGAGGGAAGGUUUCCGAACAAGUGACAACAGAAGAAGUGGAAGAAUGUUGUAGUACGUACUGUUUCUGAGUAGGACUGAAAGAGACAGAAAUUGACCGUGGUGAAAAAAAACAGUGACCCACUCUCAGUUUGAGGAAGUGAACGUGUUCAAACGCCAUACUGACUGAAGAUUUGACUACAAGAAGCAUCACCAUGGUGACCCUGGACAUGCGGACCCUGACGGUGCCUGUAGGCAUCGUGAGAAUCCUGGAGGUGGUCUUGACCUGCAUCUCCUUCAGCCUGGUGGCCUCUGUGGGUCAUUCCAAUUCGUCUUACUGGACCUGGUGCAUGUUCACGUGGGUCUUCUGUUUCGUCAUUACCCUCCUCAUCCUCAUCAUGGAAUUCACCACACUCCACACUCGGGUGGCCAUUUCCUGGGACGAUUUCACCACUGCCUUUGCCAUGCUGGCCACACUCAUGGUGCUGGCUGCCUCCAUCAUCUACCCAACCUUUUUCACCUGCUCGUCCUGCGGUAGGCAGAUCGGCGCCACUGUAACUUCCUGUCUGGCCUUCAUCCUGUACGCCACGGAGGUCGGCCUGAUCCGGGCCAAACCCGGUGAGAUCAGCGGCUUCCUCUCCACUGUCCCGGGCCUCCUCAAGGUUCUCGAGGCCUUCGUGGCCUGCAUCAUCUUCAUCUCCCUGGACUCCAGCCGUUACACCCAAUUCCCUGGCCUCCAGUGGUGUGUGGCCGUCUAUUCCUUAUGCUUCAUUUUUGCCAUCGUUAUCAUCCUCUUCACCAUCUGCCGCCUGCUGUCGCUUUUCCCGUUCCCCUUUGACAAGGUGCUGACUGGCUACAAUGUGUUGGCGGUGCUGAUGUACAUGACAUGUGUAGUGGUUUGGCCACUGUAUAGCUUCCAGGGUAUUCCCAGCAGGCCCAAUAACUGUGGCCGGUCCUGCAUUUGGGACAGCAUGGUUGUUGUUUCUUUCAUGACCUGUUUUAACUUUGUGGUUUACAUUGUGGACACAAUCUACUCUUUUAAGCUGGUCUUCAUCACCCCUGCAUAGGUCACACUCUUACAUCAUCGUUUCACGGUGACACAUCCGCUGCACUUCUGUUUUGUACGAAUUUAGAUUAAAUCAUGAGUUGGAACCCUAUAGAGGUUCACCUGUGACAUGUUUUGGUAUUGUGAAUGACAGAGUUGUUUGGGAAUGAUAACUGUAGUUCAUGGAUCGACCGGGGUCAUUCUGUACGUCUGUUGGUCAUUCAUGAUGAAUGAGGCGGAACUGAAUGUCCUCGAAUGCUUGGAUGCAUCCUAUAACUAAAUACUGCAUACGGAAUUCAAAUUCUACAUCGGUUCAUUGUUUUACCAACAUACAGGGAACCAGCCUACAAGGGCUUUAACGAAAUGCAAUGAUCUUUGUUUUACCAACAUACAGGGAACCAGCCUACAAGGGCUUUAAUCAAAUGCAAUGGUCUUUGUUUUACCAACAUACAGGGAACCAGCCUACAAGGGGUUUAAUCAAAUGCAAUGGUCAUUGUUUUACCAACAUACAGGGAACCAGCCUACAAGGGCUUUAAUCAAAUGCAAUGGGCCCUAAUCAAAGUUUUGUUAUUGAUAUGUUAAUUCCCUUCUGGUUUUCUGUUCCCCAUUAAACGAUUGUCUCUAUCUAAACCUAAUCUAUCCAAUCCUGACAGAGAGGCAGAAAUGGCAGCUCACAUGCAACACCUGACAUUCCACGUGACUAAUAUAUGUUUAUUGUAUUACAAUAAAAAAUAUAAUACAGACUAAAAUGUCCAUAAGAAAUAUAAUUGGUUGGCCUCAGUGAAAUAAUUUCUGUAUGCAUUCACUAUACCACACCUAAAAAAGGAACUGUAGCAACAUUUAUGUUAAAAAAAAGGAAAACUAACAACAAUUUCAACCAUGCACUGCCUCUGUUUGUUUGCCAAGGUGUGUCAAUGAGAGGAUGGAGUGGCAUGGGCGGUUGAAGUCCGGCCCUGAACUUUCAUUUCCAUAUCUGUGUUUACAGAGUGUGGGGGAAAACAGAGGGAGAGAUAAGACUCAAUCACACUUUUCUCUGCCCAGCCCGUAUCACAUCCUCCUCACAUGGGCAGCCUUCGAAUCCCUCACCAACCAUGGCAUGGAUUCUGUUUGAUAGGAAAUGUAUUGAGUCAUUCUGAGACUGGAGAU